AUGGGUUUAAUAGCGCUUUUGAUAGAGCUUCUGGCUGUGUUCCUCUUGGUGGUGAUUGUGGAUUGUGGUUCCGAAAAUGUUUCAGAAAAUCAAGGUUAUUUAGGAAAUACCGAAACUAGAAACCUCAACGAGCUGAGUUUAUCAAUUUUAAGUCUUUCAAAGGCUAAAAGUGGAACUAACUUGAAGCAAAAUAUUACAGCUUCCAUUAAAAGUAAUCCUCUGGCUGAAAUUUACUGGAAAAGUCCAGUAAGUUCAGAAUCAUCUUGUGAUUGCAAAAGCCUCUCAACAAUUUGCAAAGCCUCUGAACAGUUCAAAUUCAAAUCAUUACCACCAGAACGCUUUAAAUUUGAGGAUCCUUGGAAUAUAAACAAUAUCCAGAGUGCCAUCCUUAACGAUUUAAAAAUCCGAUCGGAACUCACUGAUCGCCUGCAGGAUCAGCUCCGGCAGUUUAUCAUAGGAUUACCCCUGGAUAUAGCCUUCUCCACUCUGAACUACAUCUGCAGCACCAUUGUGGAUUUAGGUGUGGUUAGGUCCAAACUUGUGCCGGACAUGUCACAGAUGUCCUUUCUUCUGCUUACUGAAAAUAAUUGCCGGAAUACUAGUAUCCGAUUGGAUCAAGUGGAGGAUUUAUUCAAAACUCCAGGCUUUAAACCAGAUCUGCCAUCGGUGCUUUUUAUUACCGGCUGGAGGACGAGCAUCAAUAGUUCCAACAGUGGUCCCGUGGCCAAGGCCUAUGCCUGUCGCAAUGAUACCAAUAUACUGAUCCUGGAUGCUGCCAACUUUGUGGAUACUUUGUACUCUUGGUCAGCCUUAAAUACGGAGGCCAUUGGCGCCUAUGUGGCCAAGGCUUUGCUUCGUCUGAAUGCCACUUAUGUGACCGAACAGCUGCAUAUUGUGGGUCAUAGUCUGGGAGCCCAGAUUGCAGGAUCCACAGGCAGGACCUACAGGCAGCUGUCGAAUGGAAAAAUCCUUAAGCGUUUGACGGGAUUGGAUCCUGCUAAUCCCUGCUUCUAUGAUGGCAAUGAUCUGGAGGGUUUGAGAAGUGGAGAUGCCAGAUUUGUGGACAUUAUUCACUCGAAUCCUGGAAUGCUGGGCUCCUCGAAGAGAGCAGGGGAUGCGGAUUUCUUUGUCCAGGGAAGGAUACCAUUUAAGGCCGGUUGCACUGGCCUGGAGGCCAUCACAUGCUCUCAUCAGAGAGCUGUGGAUUACUAUGCCGAGAGUGUUUAUCCCUCGAAUGAGAAGGAUUUCCUGGGACGUCGUUGUGAUCGUUAUGCCGAUCUCCUCGUAGGGAGAUAUUGUCAGGACACAAGGACAGUGAUGGGUUAUGGUGCCAGACCCACAGAGCUGGGACUUUACUAUGUGGGAGCCAAUGGAGAGGAACCCUAUGGUCAGAAUGCAGAUCUGGGGUUAUAUACACAAUCCACCAGCGAAUGCGGCAACUGUGAUUGAGUU